AUGUACAGCAGUAUGCCAGGUAGCCUAUCCAUCAUAUCAGCCAAUGUCAGGGGUUUUCAGACGAACAUUGGGGAUUUAACAUAUAGAUUUAUAAUCCCACACAGCCCUGACAUCAUUGCUACCGUUGAGACAUUCCUCAAGCAUGAUGUCCCUGCCACCUAUGGGAAAGUGAACAGCUACACUCGCUGGCACCGUCGCGACAGGGCGGUUGGCACUUUUGGUGGCAUCGCUGUCUGCUUUCGUGAGAGCCUCGCGGUUCAGGUGAUUUCUGUGGACAUCCCCGAUCAUCUGGAAAUGAUGUUCCUUAAGAUUCACGGAGAAUCACCCAUUCUGGUGUGUGUGUGCUACAGGCCCCAGUGGCAAGGUCGAGAGCCCCUUACCUAUCUGCAGACACACCUUGAUGCUCUCCUACAAAAACAUGAAUGCAGCCAUGCAAUCACUGUCGGCGACCUAAACCAAUAUCUUGUCGCCAGGGCAUUUGAUGAGUUGCUGACAGUGCAUGGGUUAACGAAUCAUGUGGAUUUUGCCACCCGCAUUUCAGGUUCCUCACUUGACCCUGUUAUCAGUGACCUCAGCCCCGACAUAAUUACGUGUAGCCAACUGGGGACUGUUGGAUCCUCAGACCACUUCGCUGUUCACACACAGGUGAUAGCAAAAGUGGGUCGAGAGGAAAACACAAUUAGAACAAACUGGCUCUGGAAUAAAGGCAAAUGGGCCAGUAUGCACCACAAGCUAAGGCGGGUGAACUGGGAUGAAAUACUGAGUGGCGAUAUCAAUGACCAGGUAUCCAAUAUCAAUGACGUCUUAUUAACACUACAGAGACAAUUUAUACCUAGUCAGAGAUACAAAUGCAAAGCAGAAGAUCAGCCAUGGUUUGGUUGUCAGUGUCGCACUGCUGCUGAUCCGAAAAGUAGAGCCUGGCGUCGCUAUAAGCAGCAUCCAACCAACCACAACAAACAACUGCACAAGAUGGCCUGCAAGAACAUGCAUCACGUGCAAAAGAAAGCGAUAGAGCAAUGGAAAAAUGACCUACAGCAAAAACUGUCUGGUCGCAUUGCUUGCGACAAAGUCUGGUGGACUUGCAUAAAGCAACAACAAGGCCUGCUUCAGGCUGACACCAUACCACCAUUAACAAAGCCUGAUAAAACCACUGCAAUCACGAGUGAAGAAAAGGCCCAGGUACUUGCCACUCACUUUGCAAGCAAAAUGAGUGUCCCUGACCUCGACCUAACUCCCCCAUCCGUUCCUCUCUACACUAAAGCCACACUAAAGACCAUCAGCAUUAAAGUUGACGAAGUCAAGAAAAUCCUUCGUCAUUUAGACGUGAAUAAAGCUAUGGGUGGUGACCAGAUAAGUCCCCGUCUGCUCAAAGGUUGUGCUGAUCAAUUAGCAGAGCCUCUGUGUAGGCUUUUCAACAACUGCUUGCAAAAGAAGCAAUAG